AUGGAGAAAUCCGAGCUCGUCGUCGCGCAGUACCCGCUGCCGUUCUUCAUCGACAUCGAGCAGACCAAGGACGGCAACAUGGUCACCAAGGACGGCUCGCAGCAGGAGAACGACGGCGUCGAGCGCGUCGGCGACCGGCUCCGCGCGUUCACGUACUACGAGGUCGGCCAGAGCCUCGACGAGCCCGGCGGCGGCGGCGUCAUCUCCAUGCUCGGCUCCUUCGGCGGCGCGUCCAUCAAGUGGCGGCGCAAGCUCUUCGACGCCACCUUCACGCCCUGGGACAAGGCCCUCGAGGUCCUCAUCACGAACGAGCCGCGGCGGACGGACAGCGUGACCAUGGUCUUCGAGCGCCGCCUCGAGUACGCCGGCGCUCCAGCGCGCCGCCUCCUGUCGUCGUCCCAGAAGGCGGCCGUGCGCGCCGAGGUCGCCGCGCUGCGCGCCCAGAGCCUCGUCGGCGGCGGCGAGCGGCGCAUCGAGGCCCAGCACAAGAAGGGCAAGCUCACGGCGCGGGAGCGCCUGAGCGUGUUGCUCGACGAGGGGUCCUUCGUCGAGCUCGACCCCUUCGUGUCCCACACCUGCGUCGACUUUGGCAUGGAGCACGAGAAGCCGCCCGGCGACGGCGUCGUCACGGGCCACGGCCUCGUCGACGGGAGGCCCGUGUGCGUCUUCGCGCAGGACUUCACGGUCUUCGGCGGGUCGCUGUCGAGCGCGCACGCGUCGAAGAUCGUCAAGGUCAUGGAGCGGGCCCUGCGCGUGCGCUGCCCCGUCGUCGGGCUCAGCGACUCGGGCGGCGCGCGGAUCCAGGAGGGCGUCGACUCGUUGGGAGGCUACGCGGACGUCUUCCAGGCCAACGUCGACGCGAGCGGCGUCGUGCCCCAGCUGUCGCUCAUCAUGGGGCCCUGCGCCGGCGGCGCCGUCUACUCGCCGGUCAUGACGGACUUUCUGUACAUGGUCCGGCGGUCCUCGUACAUGUUCGUGACGGGGCCGGACGUCGUCAAGUCCGUCACGAACGAGGCCGUGACCCAGGAGGAGCUCGGCGGCGCCGAGGUCCACACGAAGUUGAGUGGUGUCGCCCAGGGGGCCUUCGACGACGACGUCGCGGCGCUGCGGGGCGCGCGGAAGCUCCUGGGGUAUUUACCGUCGUCGUACGCGGACGCGGCGCCGGCCGUCGCGGCCUACGACGACCCGGCGCGCGAGGACCCGGCGCUGCGGCUGCUCGUGCCCGACGACCCGAACGUGCCCUACGACAUGCGCGAGGUCGUGCGGCGCGUCGUCGACAAGCAGAGCCUGCUGGAGAUCGCCGAGGACUACGCGCCGAACAUAUUGACGGCGUUCGCGCGCCUCGGGGGCCGGGCCGUCGGCGUCGUCGCCAACAACCCCAAGUCCAAGGCCGGCUGCCUCGACAUCGACGCCUCGGUCAAGGCCGCGCGCUUCGUCCGCUUCUGCGACGCGUUCGGGAUCCCUUUGGUGACGUUCGUCGACGUCCCGGGCUUCCUCCCGGGCGUCAAGCAGGAGCACGGCGGCAUCAUCCGCCACGGCGCCAAGCUGCUCUUCGCCUACAGCGAGGCGAACGUGCCCAAGCUCACGGUCAUCACGCGCAAGGCCUACGGCGGCGCCUACGACGUCAUGGCGUCGAAGCACCUCCGCGGCGACGCGAACUACGCGUGGCCGUCCGCGGAGAUCGCCGUCAUGGGCGCCAAGGGCGCCGUGGAGAUCCUCUACCGCGACCUCGACGCCGACGGCCAGCAGGCCAAGGCCGACGAGUACGCGCGGCGCUUCGCGAACCCCAUCGUCGCCGCGUCGCGCGGCUUCGUCGACGACGUCAUCGACCCGGCGGAGACGCGCGCGAAGCUCUGCGCGGACCUCGACCAGCUCGCCCGCAAGGACCUCCCCAACCGCCCGCGCAAGCACACUUUCACGCGGCGGCUCUCGCACGCCACGUCGCUCGAGAGCUUCCGCAAGCCCUACAAGCACGUGGACCUCAAGGACAGCGACUGCCUGAACCGCGGCUCGGAGAUCGUGUCCGAGGGCCUCGUCCUCGGCGUCGCCAUCGCGGUCGCGGCCUACGAGUACGAGAAGAGCGCCCACAAGAAGGUCGUCGCGGAGCAAAAGCAGGAGGCGCGCGAGGCGCAGGCGGCGGCGGACCUCGAGGCGCGGCUCGUGCGCAUCGAGGCCGGGCUCGCGGACGUGAGCGCCGCGCUGCGCGACCGCCCGAAGGCGACGUCGUGCAUCAUGUCGCUGGCGCUGUCGCCCGACGCGCUGUCCAUCGCCGUCGCCUCGGCGUCGCGCCUGAGCGUGCACGGGGCGUCGGCGGGGAGCCGGGAGCGGCAAUACGUGCAGCAGGGCCAGCUCGCGCGGCGCUACGCCUGCUGCGCCUGGUCCAAGGACGCGGCGCUCGUCGCGUGCGGCUCCGGCGACGGCGCCGUCGUCGUCUGGGACGUGAAGCGCGGCCUCGUCAAGGCCACGCUCGCGCCGCCGGGCGCGCUCGCGAACGCGGGCGUCGUCGGCGUCGACUUUAGCGCGGACGGCGCGGAGCUCUACGCCUGCUACGCGCUGCCCGGCGGCGCGUUCGCGCGCCACGUCGCGCGGUGGGCCGUCGCCGGCGGCGAGCCCGCCGCCUGGGACGGCGACAAGCGCGGCGUGUCGGCCCUGGCGGCGCACCCGAGCGGCGGCGCCGUCGCCGUCGGGUCGACGCGCGUGCGCCUGCUGCAGACGACGGGCACGGGCGCCAAGCGGGCCCUGGCGGGGACGCACGCGACGGAGGUGCGGCGCCUCGCGUGGACGGCGAGCGGGAGGUACGUCGUGUCGCUCGCGCGCGACGCGCGGUCCGUGCUCGUGCACGACUGCACCAAGGCCAAGGACGGCGUCUGGAGCCUGCGGCUCGCCGCGCCGGGCCUCGAGGUCUGCGCGCGCGCCGCGCCGCGCGCCGAGGGCGAGGAGGCCGUGGAGGUCGCGGUCUGCCUCGGCGACGGCCGGUUGCAGGUCGCGUCGACCGCGUCCCCCGACGCCGCGCCGCUCCUGGACGGGCGGCGCGACGCGCUGGCCGUCGCCUUCGUCGGCGACGACCUCCGGGCCGCGCGCGGCGCGGCGAGCGCGCCGUCGGCCGCGGCCGUGGACGUCGCGCGCGACGCCGGCGUGUGCGCGGCCGUCGACGGCGGCGCGGCGCCGGCCAAGGCCGCGGCCGCGGGCGACGCGCCGGCGGCGAGGGAGCCCAGGCGGCCCGCGGUGCUCGGCUUCGCGGCGCUCGGCGCCGCUCCCCGGCUCCGGCCCGACGGCGAGGACGGCGCGGCGCGGAAGCGGGCCAAGGCCGCGGCGGCCGACGACGACGCGGCCUUGGGCGACCGCCUCGCGGCUUUAGAAGCCCUGGCGACGCGCGAGGAGGCGCAGACGGCGGCGGACCUCGCCGCGGACGCGGGCCACGCGGCCGCGGCCGACGACGGGUCCGGCGCGUCGCUCGCGGCCGUGCUCGACCAGGCCGUGCGCUGCGGCGACGACGCGCUCCUCGAGACCGUGCUCCGGCGCACGGAGCCCGCGACGGUCGCGGCGACCUGCGCGAAGCUGGCGCCGAGCCUGGCGCUGCCGACGCUCGACGCGCUCGCCGCGCGGCUCGAGCGGAGCCCGCUGCGGGCCGCGGAUUUGGCGGGCUGGGUCAAGGCGCUGCUCCUGCAGCACGCGUCGCACCUCGCGACGCUGCCCAAGCUCGCGGACACGCUCGCGCGGCUCCAGUACGUCGUCGACGCGCGCGUCGCCGCGCUGCCCAAGUUCCUCUCGCUCCUCGGCAAGUUCGACCUCCUGCUCCACAAGAAGACCGGCGCCGCGGUCUCCGGGGCCGCGAGCGCCGAGGUGACGCCACUGAACGUCGUCGCCGCCGACGCCACGGACGACGAGGACGAGGAGGAGGAGGACGACGACAUGGAGGAGGAGGAGGACGACGACGACGACGAGUCGGAGGAGGAGGAGGACGACGACGACGACGACGAUUCGUCGGACGACGACGACGACGAUUCUGCCACUAAGAUCGACACGAUGCUCGCCUCCGACGUCGAACACGGCGGCGUGGCCAAGGCGGUCCUGGGCCUGCGGCGCUUCUUCGAGAGCGGCGGCACCAUGUCCUACGAGUUCAGGCUGGGCCAGCUCAAGGCCUUCCAGCGCAUGCUCGUGAACGAGCGGGCGACGCUGCAGGCGGCCAUGAAGGCCGACCUGCACAAGAACGCGACCGAGGGCCAGUACGUGGAGGUCAACCAGGUCGAGCACGAGUGCCAGCACGCCAUCGACCAUCUCAAGCAAUGGAUGACGCCCAAGGCCGUGUCGACGAACCUGCUCAACGUCCCCGGCCUCUCGUACGUCCACCCGGACCCGCUCGGCGUCUGCCUCGUCAUCGGCGCCUGGAACUUCCCCAUCUUGCUGAGCCUCCAGCCCAUGAUCGGCGCCCUGGCGGCGGGCAACUGCGUCUGCCUGAAGACGCCGAGCCAGCACUACAGCGCCGCGUGCUCGGACGCGAUGGCGGCGAUGCUCCAGCGGUACCUCGACCCGCGCGCCGUGGCCGUCGUCGCGGGCGACCGCAUGGCGACGCAGGCCGUGCUCCAGGAGACCUGGGACCACAUCUUCUUCACGGGCGGCAAGUACGUCGGCACCAUGGUCGCCGAGGCCGCCGCGAAGCACCUGACGCCCUGCGUGCUCGAGCUCGGCGGCAAGUCGCCCUGCGUCGUCGACAGGUCGGCGUCGCUGGACGUCGCCGCGCGGCGCAUCUGCUGGGGCAUGUUCCAGAACGCGGGCCAGACCUGCGUGCGGCCCGACUACCUGCUGGUCCACGAGGACGUCGCGGACGCGUUCGCCGGGUUGCUCCUCAAAUGGGCGACGGCGUCCUACUCGAAGGACCCCAAGGCGACGGAGUGGUUCGGCCGCCUCAUCAACGAGCGCGCGGCCCAGCGCGACUGGGCGCUCGCGUCGCGCUUCCAGUACGGCACGACGUCCGGCUCCUUCGUCGUCAACGACGUUCUCGUGCAGGGCUCGAACCACGCGCUGCCCUUCGGGGGCGUCGGGCCCUCGGGCAUGGGCGCGUACCACGGCGAGCACUCCUUCAGGGCGCACUCGCACCAGAAGGCCGUGCUCUACAAGACGCCCUACCUCGACCUCGACGCGCGCUACCCGCCCUACUCGCCCCUGCGCGCCUGGACGCUCGGCACGGUCCAGGCCGUCCGCUCCGCGAACGCGAUCCUCGCCGUCCAGCUCGGCCUCUUCGCCGUCGCCGCCGCGGGGCUCUGGGCCGCGUGCCCGGCCCUCGGCGAGGAGCUCGCCCUCCUCCUCGCCUACCUCCGGUCCCGCGCCGAGGCGCGCCUCUGA